AUGUUCUCCAAACAUGAAUUCCCCUUCCUAGAAAAGAAUGAAAACGGGAUGACAAGCAAGGAGAGGACACAUCGAACAAGACCAGAGCUGCGUAGGGACGGAUUAUUCGAGAUGACUCGUUUCCAGAUCCAGCUCAUCUCGGACCUGAAUUGCCCCUGGUGUUACUUGGGCAAGAAGAGCCUCGACCGCGCGAUCGAGACGUACAAGGACCAACACCCUGACGCCGAGUUCGACAUUAUCUGGCGCCCUUACUACUUGUAUCCAGACGCCAAACCGUCAGGCUACACCAAGAAGGAGUACUUCGCCGCAAAGUUCGGCCCCGCCGGGCUGCCGGGGUUCUUCUCGCGGGUGGAGGCGGGCGGGCGGGCGCUGGGCAUCGACUUCGACUUUGCGGGGCGCACGGGGACGACGCGCGACAGCCACAAGCUGCUGCUGCUGGCGCAGCGGCGCGGGUCGCCCGGGGUGGUGGCGCGGCUGCAGGACGCGCUGUUCGGCGGCCAGUUCGAGGGCGCCGGCCGCGACAUCUCGGACCGCGCGUUCCUGGCGCAGGCGGCCGUCGCGUCCGGGCUGGCGCGCUCCGAGGAGGAGGCCUGGCGGUGCCUCGACAGCGAGGGCGCGGGCCGCGAGGCGGACGGGUCCGAUCGCGAGGCCAAGCGCAUGGGCGUCACGGCCGUGCCCAGCUAUCUCGUCCAGGGACGGUAUCGCGUCGGCGGCUUCCAGGAGCCCGAGUUUCUCGUCGGCUUGUUUGAGAAGAUUGGCGCAGCAGAGAGCAGCCCAAGGUCUGAGUAG